AUGGGUCUCAUUUCACAACUGUACAGCCUUCGUUGGCUCUUUGCGGCGAUCUUGGUAGCUGUGUACGUCGGCCACAAGAUCAGGACGUAUAAUCGACUCCGAGCGUUCAAGGGCCCGGUCCUGUGCGGCUGGACGGAGGCGUGGCAUGCCUGGGCGAUUCUGACUUUCAAGUCUCACCUGAAGUACGAUGAAGUAUGCAGGAAAUACGGGACGAUCGCUCGCGUCGGGCCGAACGACCUGAUCACAUCUUCGCCCGAGCUUCUCGUCUACAUGAGCGGCAUCCGGUCGCCGUACACGCGAACGGAGUGGUACUACCGCGCGUGCCGGCACAUGUCAGAGAACGAUCAUGUCUUUAGUGAGAUGGACGAAGAGAAGCACAGGGUGCUGAGGCAACGGAUGGGAGCCGGGUAUUCUGGAAAAGAGAAUCUGGCGUUAGAGGACUCGGUCGACACACACGUGUCGGAGCUGGUUCAGCUCAUCCGAUCAAAGUACAUGUCCACCGAGUUCGCGGCGCGACCCAUGGACCUGGCCAUGAAGAUGCAGUACCUUACGCUCGACGUCAUCAGCAACAUCAGCUACGGCAAGCCCUUUGGCGACCUGCGCGCCGAUGAAGACAUGUUCGGCGUCGCCGAGUCAGCCGAAGUCGGCAUGACAAUCUUCACGUACAAGAUCGGCCUGGGCCUCUACAAGAUCCUGCAGAAGCCCAUCGUGGCACGCCUCCUCGGCCCCAAGGAGACGGACGCCUCGGGCUUCGGUCGCAUGUUCGCCAACGGCCGCGCCAUCAUCAAGGAGCGCCUGGCGCGCGACACGGAGAAGCGGUCCGAUAUGAUUGCGUCGUUCAUCCGGCACGGCCUCAGCGAGGACGAGAUCCUCUCCGAGACGACACUGCAGAUGAUCGCCGGGUCCGACACCACCGCCGCGUCGCUGCGCAUCAUCAUGCUCUACCUCCUCACCCAUGCCCGCGUCUACGCGAAGCUCCAGGCUGAGAUUGACGCGUACGUCAGGGACGGGCAGAUUGGCUCCCGGCCGUCGGGCAUCGUCUCGGAUGCGGAGAACAGGCGGAUGCCGUAUCUGCAGGCCGUCAUCAAGGAGGGCAUGCGCGUGCACCCGCCCGUGACAAAUAUGGAUCCCAAGCGGGUGCCGGACGGAGGCGACACGGUUGUCGUGAACGGCGAGUCGGUGUUCUUACCCGGCGGGACAAACAUCAAUGCCGCGGCGUGGCCGAUGCACCUAAGCAAGGAGAUUUUUGGCGAGGACGCGGACGAGUUCCGGCCUGAGCGGUGGUUGUUGGAGGAGGACGAGAGGCGGUUGGUGAAUAUGCAUCGGGUGCAUGAGCUUAUCUUUGGGUAUGGAAAGUAUCAGUGCCUCGGCCGGCCCAUUGCGAUGAUGGAGAUUGGCAAGACCAUUUUUGAGCUAAUGCGCAACUUUGACUGGUGUCUUGCGAGACCUGACACCCCAUGGAAGGAAGCGAACCACGCCGGCGUCUUCACCCACAACGAUAUGUGGGUGCUCGCUUCCGAACGUCCACAGUUUCAAUGA